UCGCUCUCACGUCAAUUGUGGUCUGCUCUGUGUUUUUUUCCUCUGUUCCUUGGUGUUACUGUUUCAUAGGCUUUUGAGGGGGGAGGAUGAGUGGAUCUAAUUCGGUAAAAAAUCCCAAAGAAAUGGAGAAAGAGGAGGUUUUUAUUGGGUCGGUUGAUCAGGGAACGAGCAGCACGAGAUUUAUAAUCUACGAUCAGUCAUGUAGGCCUGUCGCGUCUCAUCAGAUUGAGUUCACUCAGUUCUGCUGCGAAGAUGGUUGGGUAGAACACAAUCCGAUGGAGAUUCUGCAGAGUGUCCGUCUUUGCAUGGAGAAGGCCAUUGAUAAGGCGACAGUGGAUGGCCAUAAUGUGGAAAAAGGAUUGAAAGCGAUCGGCCUCACGAAUCAGAGAGAGACGACGGUUGUCUGGAGCAAGUCCUCUGGUUGCCCUCUUUAUAACGCCAUAGUCUGGUUGGACGUUCGGACCAGUUCAAUCUGCAGGAGAUUGGAAGAAGACUUACCAGGGGGAAGAACCCAUUUUGUAGAGACCUGUGGCUUGCCCAUCAGCACUUACUUCAGCGCAGUUAAACUCCUAUGGCUGUUGGAAAAUGUCACCGCUGUCAAGCACGCUGUGAAUACAGGGGAUGCUCUGUUUGGAACGAUCGACACAUGGUUGAUCUGGAAUCUGACAGGAGGUUGCGAUGGUGAAGACGGAAAACACAACAAGAUGACUGGGUUGCAUGUGACUGACGUCUCGAAUGCAUCUCGAACCAUGCUCAUGAACCUCAGAACUCUUGAUUGGGAUAAAGCCACACUGGAUACCUUGGGAAUACCCAUUACUAUCCUGCCCAAGAUCAUCAGUAAUUCUGAAAUCAUCGGAAAUAUAGCCAGUGGAUGGCCAAUUUCUGGUGUUCCAAUCGCCAGUAGCCUAGGAGACCAACAGGCAGCCAUGCUGGGGCAGGCGUGCCGGAGAGGAGAGGCCAAGAGCACCUACGGCAGUGGUGUAUUUAUACUACUGAACACUGGUGAGAGCAUCGUUAGGUCAUCUCAUGGGCUCCUCAGCACCAUUGCUUACAAGUUAGGCCCCUCUGCUCGAACGUAUUAUGCUUUGGAAGGCUCGAUAGCUACUGCUGGUGACGCAGUUCAGUGGCUGAGAGACGGCAUUGAACUGAUUGAGAGCACAGAGGAGGUUGAAGAGCUGGCAGGGAAGGUAGAUAAUUGUGGGGGGUGUUAUUUUGUGCCGGCAUUUAAUGGGUUGUUUGCACCGUGGUGGAGAGAAGAUGCUCGUGGGGUGUGCCUUGGGAUCACAAGGUUUACAAGCAAGGCACACAUUGCUCGAGCUGUGCUGGAGAGUGUGUGCUUCCAGGUAAACGAUGUGUUGGAUUCAAUGCACAAGGAUGUAGGAGAUGAGGGUGAGUUCAAGAAUGACAAGGGGGAGUUCUUGCUUAGAGUGGACGGUGGUGCAACAGUUAACAACCUCUUGAUGCAGAUUCAGGCUGACUUAUUGGGAAGCCCAGUGGUGAGACCAGCUGAUGUAGAGACAACUGCACUUGGGGCAGCUUAUGCUGCAGGAAUAGCUGUGGGGUUAUGGACAGAAGAUGUCAUUUUUGCAGAGAGAGCAGGAAAGCCCACAAUUUUCAGUCCCAAAUUAGACAAGGAACAAAGGAUGAAGAAACUGGAAUCUUGGUCCAAGGCUGUGUCAAGAGCUUUUGAUUUGGCCGGUCUUUCCCAUUAAACUCCUAGUACAGGGUCUUGUUUUUUUUUUAAUUAUAAUCGUUGCAUUUUAUUUGAAUUAUAUUGUUAUGUUGAACAAUAAGAAUUCUUUGUGCUAUGUAUAGAUUUUUGU